AUGUCAGGGUCAUUCUGGAAGUUUGGACAGAAUUAUGCGAGCGAAUCACCAUUGUCGAGACUGUUGAACCGAGCAUUUGUGAAAGUAAGCAACAGCAACAACGAUCAAGACACACACAACAGAUCGCAGGAAAAGAUCGACAGACUGCUGGCGUCACCUAGUAGUCAUAGCUCGGAGGAUGAUAACGAUGAUCGGGAAAAAGACGAGGAUGGCAGCGUAGAUGUCGGAGAUCGAUCUCGCAAACCGAAAAAUGAGAACGAAGAUGAUGACGAUGACGAAGAUGAUCGGAAAAGUGACCACGAGAAUGAGCUCCGAGAGUCUGGAAACGAUCAACCAGACUCUGAAUCGGAUUAUAAAGAUUACGAGCCUGACAUGGAGGUUCUGGACGAACUUUUGGACGACGAAGAGCUCUAUACGGAGCUCAUGUGCUCGAACUUCAAGCUUUUGAUCUUUUUCAAAUACCCCCAGGUCUUAGCGCGACUUGUAGAUUAUGUCACGAAUGAGCACGUCUUGAGUGAAGACCUGAAUCAGGAACUUGGCACCGCAGAGGGGUCUGAAAACCGGAAUGCUAAUGAAGAUUCUGAUCUCAAAUCGGAUCAAGAGCAUGGUGACAAUGACAGUGGUGACUCAAAAGCCAAUGAAUCCACCGGCGGCUUGGUCAAAGAUCAAGACACCCCCGGCUCAGAUCAGCAAUCUGUGUCAUCUGCUGAGACAAGCAUAACACUCCCUCCGGACUCCGAGGAACAAUCAGAAUCCAGACGCGCUCGUAUGGCUGCUGAAAUUUUAUCAGCCGAUGUCUGGCCUAUUUCAUCUGCAUUCAUGGACCAUGACGACCUAUUGACUCGUCUAUGGUCUAUGUUAGAUCACACGGCACCUCUGUCAAUUGUCCCGUCUACGUAUUUCAUGAAAAUUAAUGAAAGGUUGCUGGAUAUGGAUGUCGCUGGAAUGUUGCAUUUUAUCCUGGCUCAAGACGACUUGGUUGAUAAGUUUCUAAAGCAUAUCGAUAACCCCCCGCUAAUGGAUUUUCUAUUAAAAGUCAUAUCUACUGAUAAGCCGGACACCUCCACAGGGGUUAUUGAACAACUUGGAAGCCAAGAUCUGAUUCCAAAGCUUUUAGAUCAUUUGGAAACCGGAAAUACUUCCUCAACGAAAUCAGCCGCCGGUGAUUUUUUGAAGGCGCUCAUAACAAUAAGCGCCAAUUCAAACAACGAAAUUGCAUCGGCCAUAGGACCUAAUGGACUCACGAGAAAAUUAGUCUCACCUUCAAUGGUGGAAAAAUUAAUGAAAAUUAUGCUUUCUGGGGGAACCUCCCUCAGUAACGGUGUUGGUAUUAUUAUUGAGCUUAUAAGGAAAAACAAUUCAGAUUACGAUUUCGUACAGGUAAUGUACACCACACUAGAAACUCACCCACCUAAUGAUAGAGACCCUAUUUAUUUGGGUUACUUGAUUCAGUGCUCGGCGAGCCAUUUGGCAGACUUUAAUAAAAUGUUGAUGGAAACAGAACUGCCUCCUUUAGAGACACCGUUCGGAUUUAUAGAACCGUUGGGUUUCGAAAGGUUCAAAAUAUGUGAGCUCGUUGCAGAACUACUGCACUGCUCCAAUAUGACUUUACUUAAUGAACCGAACGGGGAAGAAAUUAUCGCCGAAAGGGACUCUGUCAGAGAAAAAACCCUACAACUGGAGGGAAACGAAACCGCUUAUAACAGGAACGAAUUAGGCGAAGACGGCGAAGAUGUAUUAGACAAAAUGGCAGAUCUAAGAAUAGCUACAACAAAUGCAAGUAAUAGCAGCGAUGAUGACGAAAAAGUUAUCCGUCCAAAGGAUGAAGACGGAAGUGCUGGAAAUGAAAUUCAGUCCGAGGGCUCUACCGAUGGCGAACUACCGGAGAAGGCUUUACGUGAGAAUCCAGUGGUAGGCGAUCACUUGAAGAUAGCGUUACAAGAUAACAGUGUCAUCACUGCUAUAUUAGAGAUGUUCUUUGCUUUUCCAUGGAAUAAUUUCUUGCACAAUGUUGUUUUUGACAUUGUUCAGCAGAUUUUCAAUGGUCCUCUUAAAACUGGCUUCAACAGGUUUCUAAUUGCUGAUCUGUUUACAGGUGCAAAACUGACGCAUAUGAUUAUGGAAGGAGAUAAAAAAUGCGAAGAUUAUGAAAACGAAACUGGCUUGAGACUUGGUUAUAUGGGGCACUUAACUUUAAUAGCAGAAGAAGUUGCAAAAUUUGCUGCUUAUGUCGACGAAAUGAAAAUAUCUUUCAGCAACCCAUCAAUAUUAGACACCUUAAGUGAGCCUCGUUGGAAGGAGUAUACUGAAACUGUAUUAGCGGAUACUCGCGAAAAUUACAGUUCCAUACUCGGAGAUUUUGAAGAAGAGGAUGACCAUGAGGAUGUCGAAGUUGAAAACAAUGAAAUAUCAGGUGCGGCGAAUGACGAGGAUUUGGAUUACCGUAACUAUGAUCAAGACGAAGAAAAUGCCGAUGAUUACGCCGAAUACAACAGUGUUGACAGCCCCCGUUACUACCAAUACGACGAUGGACAGGGAAAUAAGACAAAUAUUCACCUCAAUCCUGACGUCGACUACGACAUCGGGCCAGGCACUUUCAUCGAAGGUGAUACCCGUGACUACGAUGACGACAAUGACGGUGACGAGGGAGAAGGUAAUGGCGUUCAAGAAAAGCAUCCCGAGAAGAGCAAGGUUGGGGGCCAGAAAGAGCGCAAGAGCAAAUUUAGCAAUUACAUGUCACAUCAGCUGUCAAAGGACUUCAACACUUCGUCCUCAUCUGACGACGACGAAGAAGAUGUGUGGAAUAAUGCCGUGGCUGAUAAUUCAGAGCUAAAGGCCAAAUCAGGAUUAACAGAGUCAGGGGAGGGCGCUGCCUUCAACCCAUCUCAAUUUGGACUUGAAGAUGAGGAGGAUGAUUACAUGGACCCCAACGACGAUGGCCAAUCGUAUGCAAAGCCACAUCACCCCCUUUACGAUAAUAUGCUUUCGCGAAACAGUCCUGGAAAUCGCCACUACUUCAACCAAGAAGACACCAGCAUCAGCAGCAUUGCCAGCAUUGCCGAAAAUGAUGAUGACAGUGACGGAAGCGACAAAGAUGACGCAGAGGAGGAUGAUGAUCAAUACUCUUUGUGUCGGACAUCCAGUAAGGAUAACAUGGCGUGGGAUAGUUCAGAACAAAAUAGGAUAAUCAACUCAGCUCAGUACAGACAAAACCAACAGGAAUCUGAGAAAUAG